CUUUUCCCCUAAAUAUAAACCUUUCCAAAUUUACACAUAAAUGGCGGAACCCAUCUUUCUUAUAAAACAAACCAUCCCUCCCCUUUCUUCUAUAACUUAGCUUCUUCUUUUGUCUUUGCCUCUGCCUUUGCCUUUUCCUUUGCUCCGGGAGAGGCCUCCGACCACCCCGGCUACUCGACCCUCCCUUCCGCUCACUCACGUAGCUUAUAUGGACCCGACACCACCGCACGUUGAACCCUCCGCCGACUCCGGCAAGGCCAAGAAGAAAAGUGGCGGAGUUAUGAAGAUCUUCAAGGUUGCACUCUUCAUGCUCCGCCGUCGGUCCAACAAAUCGAAGGCAACCGUCGACACGGGCUCGGAUAAGAGCGUGUGGCGGCGGUUGGUGGGCUCAAUGCGCCCUCUCCACGUCCAAGGAAAUGAAUCCCCUCCCAUGUCAUUGCCUCCAUUGAAAUCAAAGAAGAAUUUAGAGGAGUUGCCAACGACAUGGUCAUUAUCGCCAUCAUCACCAUCAUCGUCGUUGUCGUUUACUCGUACUUCGAGGUCCUCUUCUUUUGGCACAAGUAAGUACGCUUCUGCUAUCAAUCUUCAAGAACUCGAUGGUAGAAACGAUGACGACAAUGACAAAAAUGUCAUUGAAGACGACAAUGGAGGCGAUGAGAUGAUCGAUGCAAAGGCAGAGGAGUUCAUCGCGCAAUUUUACGAGCAAAUGAGGCGUCAACAUCGCAACGAUUGAAAUGGAAAGGAAGAAGAAGCUUGUUUUAAUGAAAUAUGUGUGCAUGGGAGGAAGACGUAGCGAUGGAGUUCGCACCGAUCUUUUCAUGGAUUCAAUUAUUUUAUUUUAUUAUUCCUUUUGAAUCAAAUAUAUUAGGAUCUCAGAUAAUCCCUAAAAAUUGAUGGCUCAAUAUCAUUUUGUGGCUGUUUGUAAUUGGUGUCCAAUUUU